ACGCUACAAGAUUCUCAAGGCAGUGACUCCUGCGUCUUUGCUGAGACUCCCAUCCGCAUGGGCGUACUUCACCACGACGGCCUGCUUCUCGGCGUCGGAGCACCGUGCCAUGAUGCAAGUGCUGCCCCUCAUCUUCGACCUCCCCAAGCGCGACGAUAUUCGAGAUGCCAUCACGCUCAUGUCGGACUGGUACAAGGAGUUUAUCCGGGCUGAGUAUCACACCGAUGCCUCGCUAGAGCGCAUGGAGGAGGUCUCCUGCGAGAUGGUCGAUGCGCUUGUUCUAGCAUUCGACAACCAGAAGUCGAAGUGGCUUAUUAUCAAGGUACAUCUUGUCUCGCACCUGCCACCGACGAUCCGUGCACGGGGAUUGCCACAGGAGUACUCGUCGAACCGGUACGAGCAGUCCCACAAGACAACAGUGAAGCGCCCUUCCCGCGGCACCAACUGGAAGGGUGUGGAAGAUCGAAUUGUGAAGAAGCAUAUCGAGCAGGCCGUUGUUCGACAGCUGUCACGGGCUUCCGGCGGGGACAAAACCUACGAGACAGCCAUGAAGGAGGCUUGCACGCUUGGGCGUCGGGUGCUGACUAAGACACACAAGAAGAUGACCGUGGGGCAGAUCACGGAUGGUGUGUUCAGGAGCUAUGUCCUUGUUCACGGAGAUGAAGCGAUGGGCUACUUGAAGAAGCGGCUGGCCAGGGAGGGAAUCCACGACCAAGUGCUAAAU